AUGUCAACUGUUGGACAGUUGAUGUUAUGCUGUCAAUGUGAAUCUGAUGUGCAAGAGAUAGUUGACAAGCUGAGUGCAGAAGUGGAAGUAAAAUGUUUUGGGACUUUGGAACACUAUCUUGGAAUACAGAUAGAAAGAACAGAGAAUGGAGGUUUUCUUCCGAGUCAAAGAACCAAAAUCCUGAAUCUUGCUAAGGCACUGAGCCUGGAAGAUAUCAAGAGAGCAAGUUUCCCACUUGACCCAUCUUACCUCAAGCUGGAAGAUGGAGUGCCUCUCAAGGACAAUUGUCUGUACAGAGAAACUAUUGGGAAACUUCUGUAUCUAGCUCAACUCACCCGACCUGACGCAUUGGAUGGAGCUUCUCAGAAAGGGAGGGGAGAAUUUACGGUUUGCUGCCCAGAAAAGAAAUCCUACUGGGACAUCGUGAGACAGGCUAUGAAAUUUCAAAGAGGAGACAGUUUAUAUAACUUUGAACCACAUUUCCCUGAAAAACUUUGGAUUGAGGAGAGAACAUUUUGCUAUACAUUCCCAUUCCACAUUGUGUUUGAUAAAACACUGAAGAUCAAACAGGCUGGGGUCAACAUUCAGAAAUUUGUACCUAGACUGCAGACAAUUGGUACCAGAUUAGACAAGUAUUUUACUAUUGUUCAUCCACAAGUUACAUUCACAAUUUUCAGUAUAAGGAGGUUUAUCAACAGUCAGUUUGUCCUCAAGGUCCGAAGGGAUAAGCUGCCUAAAUCAUGGAACCAACGGCCCCUGCUGAAACUCAGAGGGCAGAUGGUCUGGAUGGAGGGCCUCCAGUGCAUGCUGUACUUGUGUUCGCCAAAGCUACGCAGUUUGGUGGAGCUAGAAGAACAACAGAUGCACCUUUCUGACAUUGCACAGCAUGACACGACAAGGGAUCUGAUCCUCUUCAACCAGCAACGAUUGGCAGAGAUAGAGCUGUCCAACCAGUUGGAAAGAAAGAAGGAAGAGCUCAGGAUCCUCUCUAAAAACCUGGAUGCAGAAAAGAAGAAAUCGGAAGCCUUGCUCUAUUCCAUGCUGCCCAAACAUGUGGCGAAUCAACUUAAGGAGGGCCACAAGGUGGAAGCAGGGGAUUUCAGUUCCUGCACAAUCCUUUUCAGUGAUGUAGUGACCUUCACAAAUAUCUGUUCAGUCUGUGAACCAAUUCAGAUAGUCAAAAUGCUUAAUUCAAUGUAUUCCAAGUUUGAUCGGCUUACCAGUGUCCAUGGUGUGUACAAAGUGGAGACAAUAGGUGAUGCCUACAUGGUUGUAGGAGGGGUCCCUGUGCCUAUUCCAAGUCAUGCUGAAAGGGUGGCCAAUUUUGCUCUGGGCAUGAGAAUUGCUGCAAGAGAAGUUAUGAACCCGAUUACUCAGAAGCCCAUUCAGAUCAGAAUUGGGAUUCACUCUGGACCAGUUUUGGCUGGGGUAGUUGGGGACAAAAUGCCCAGAUACUGUUUAUUUGGUGACACUGUCAAUACAGCUUCUAGGAUGGAAAGUCAUGGUCUUCCAGACAAAAUCCACAUUAGCCCAACAGCAUUCAGAGCAUUGCAACACCAAGGGUUUGACAUAGCGGAAAGGGGAGAAAUAGAAGUAAAAGGCAAAGGGAAAAUGACAACUUAUUUUCUGAGGCAAAACCUCUGUGCCUCCGAGAAUGAAAUAAUGGGACACAUGGAAGAUAAUCUGGGCAACACUGAUGAUGAUGAUGCUUUGAGAAAUGAUGGUGGCAACAAUGUUGUUGCAAUGAAGUAUGCCGACUGUCAAGAGUUAGUUCCUUCUACAGAGGUAGAAUAUGGACCAGACAUCCAAGGAAUCCUCAGUGUAGUGCCAGUGGAUGCCAUGGUGACAGCCAGUACUUCUCUUGGCACUUAUUGA